GGUACGUUUAUGGGACAUAGCUGUGAUAUAGAGACCAGUCCUCGUGGGAUACAGAAGGAGGCUGCAUAGUGCAGUCACUCUCAGGAUAGAUCUACUGCUACCAUGGAAGGUCACAGCGUGUUGGACACAGAGCCUGUGCUGGGCACAGACAAGGUGAAGUUUACAGAGACAGCAUGUUGCCGGUGGACAGUGGUUUCUCUAAUGCUUGGAAGCAUCACAAUCAGCAUCACAACUGGAUUAUUAAUAAUGUAUUUAACAACUCAGAGCCUCACUGUGGUACAUACGUUGGAGGUACAAGGACUUCAUUUUGAUGCCAGUUUACAGAAUAGCACCUCUACGUACUACCGAACAUUAACCACUACAUUGCAGAGACUGUUGAAAUCCAGUUUUGAGGAUACAAUUCUCAAAGACAGCUAUGCAGGACUUACAAUUGUACAGUACAGCAGGGGGAACAGUAGUAUAAUCGCCCAUCUCAGGAUGAAGUUUCUGGAUUCUGCCCGCCACAAGAGCCAUGAUCAGAUUGAAGACAUUCUCAGACAAGGCCUUACGUCAUUGUUAAAUGGACACCCCAUUCCGGUUUCCAGUUAUGGGAACAUCUCUUCUGUUGUGUUGGCUGAUAACCGAGGACUGUCCUUCUACUCCAUUGGCCUUAAAUCAGGAAGUUGCCCAUCUCAUGUCUUCUCCUGCAAAAAUACGCAGUGCAUCGUAAAACAAAACCCAGAGUGUGACAAUCUCCAGGACUGCAAAGAUGGCUCAGAUGAAACAAAGUGCAACUGUGGUACGCGGCCUGCCAUGCAGAAAGCCAAUCGGAUAGUUGGUGGAUCAGAUGCUGCUAAGGGCGAGUUUCCAUGGCAGGUUAGCCUACGGGAGAACAAUGAGCACUUCUGUGGAGCCACCAUAAUUAGUGAGAAGUGGCUGGUGUCUGCAGCUCACUGCUUCAACGACUUCCAGGAUCCGGCUGUGUGGGUGGCCUACAUAGGUACUACUUUCUUGAGUGGUUCGGACAGUGGCACUGUCAAAACAUCUAUUAAAACCAUCAUCAAGCACCCCUUGUAUGAUCCCGACACGGCUGACUACGAUGUGGCUGUACUGGAACUGGAUUCCCCUCUGAAGUUCAACAAGUUUACCCAGCCGGUCUGUCUCCCAGCUUCCACACAUAUCUUCACCGUGGGCAAGAAGUGCAUCAUCACUGGUUGGGGAUACCUCAAAGAGGACAACCUUGUGAAGCCUGAAGUUCUACAGAAAGCUACGGUGGCGCUCAUGGAUCAGACAUUGUGUAAUAGCUUAUACAGCCAUGUGGUGACUGACAGGAUGCUAUGCGCUGGAUAUCUGGAGGGAAGGGUUGAUUCCUGUCAGGGUGAUUCAGGAGGUCCACUGGUUUGUGAAGAGGCAUCCGGGAAGUUUUUCUUGGCUGGCAUUGUGAGCUGGGGUGUAGGAUGUGCGGAGGCCAGGAGACCCGGGGUCUAUGUCAGAGUGAGCAAAGUCAGAAACUGGAUUGUGGAAGUCAUUUCGGCGUCUCUGCCACAAGAUCAACAUACAAGCUCGGCCACCACCAUGAGCAGCGCGAAGAAGACCACGAACGCCAAAGUUACCACCGCUCGGCCAUUCACUAAACAAACAACCACUAAGGCCAAGCCAGCCACUAGUACCAUAUCAGUUAAACCAACGCAAAAACCUCUCAGCACUGCCAAACCUCAAGAAUGUGGAGGUCGUCCUGGCCUCACAAAACCCAACAAAAUAGUGGGGGGACUGGACGCUGUCAGAGGAGAAGUCCCAUGGCAAGCAAGCCUAAAAGAAGGCCCACGCCAUUUCUGUGGUGCUACAAUAAUUGGUGAUCGAUGGCUGGUUUCUGCUGCUCACUGCUUCAACCAGACAAAGUUAGACCAGGUGACUGCACAUAUGGGGUCUACAGCACUAAACGGAGCUGACGCAAUGGCUGUGAAGAUCGGUUUAAAGAGGGUGGUCCAGCAUCCACAUUUUAAUCCUCUGACGUUAGAUUUUGAUGUUGCUGUGGUAGAACUUGUCAGUCCCCUAACCUUCAAUAAGUUUGUCCAGCCAGUGUGCCUCCCCUCUGCCCUUCAGAAGUUUCCUGCUGGAUGGAAGUGUAUGAUCUCUGGAUGGGGGAACAUAAAAGAAGGCAAUGUUUCCAAGCCUGAGGUCCUACAGAAGGCUUCUGUCGGUAUCAUUGACCAGAAAAUCUGCAGCAUACUUUACAACUUCUCCAUCACCGAUCGGAUGAUUUGUGCAGGAUUUCUAGAUGGAAAGGUGGAUUCUUGUCAGGGAGACUCCGGGGGACCUUUGGCUUGUGAAGAAAGUCCAGGAAUCUUUUUCUUGGCUGGUAUAGUGAGCUGGGGAGUUGGAUGUGCCCAAGCAAAGAAACCUGGUGUUUAUAGUCGGGUCACCAAACUGAAAGACUGGAUAUUGGACACUGUAGCUCCUGUCUUGAGAACGACUGACAGUGGCAUGAACCUUCCCAGAUCUUCUGUACCACCAAGGACCACCAGCACAGCCAGGCCAUCUACCCUAAAACCACCAACUUCCAUUGGCCAAAGAACCACUACUGCACCCAGGACUACAAUGUCACAAACCAAAAGCACAAGGAGCACCCCAAAGUCUUCUACAACUAAAGGCACCAGUAAAAAGACAACUACUCCAAAGACGAGCACCACAGCACCACGCAUCACUGAGCCAGCCAAACCUACUCAAAGGCCAGUGCCAUGUACGACUGCCACAUAUAAGUGCUCCAACAGAGUCUGCAUCAGCAAAUCCAACCCAGAGUGUGAUGGAAUCCCUGACUGCAACAAUGGCUCGGAUGAGCAAAACUGCGAUUGUGGUUCAGCCCCAGUGAUUCCCUUUAACAAGAUAGUGGGAGGAAGUGGCUCCCUUCGAGGGGAGUGGCCGUGGCAGGUCAGCCUGUGGCUGCGAAGAAAGGAACAUAAGUGUGGAGCCGUGCUAAUCUCGGACCGCUGGCUACUCUCUGCCGCCCACUGCUUUGAUAUAUACAGUGACCCCAAGCUGUGGGCAGCAUACUUGGGCACUCCAUUCCUUAAUGGGGUAGAAGGACGGGUUGAAAAGAUUUUCCGUAUCCACAAGCACCCUUUCUAUAACGUGUAUACUCUGGAUAAUGAUGUGGCUUUACUGGAACUGCCUUCUCCCCUGGCUUACACCAAUCUCAUCAAGCCAAUUUGUCUUCCGGACAGCAGUCAUAGCUUUCCAGAGGGAACAAGAUGUUUCAUCACAGGAUGGGGCUCAACCAAAGAAGGAGGUCCAAUGUCCAGGCAACUUCAGAAGGCCUCAAUCAGCAUUGUUGGGGACCAGACUUGCAAAAAAUUCUACCCUAUUCAGAUAAGUCCCAGAAUGCUCUGUGCUGGUUUUAUGCAAGGAGGGGUGGACAGUUGUUCUGGAGAUGCUGGGGGCCCUCUGGCAUGCAGGGAAACCUCGGGUCGGUGGUUUUUAGCUGGAAUAACUAGUUGGGGUUACGGCUGUGCAAGACCUUACUUCCCGGGGGUUUAUACCAGGAUAACAUCUGUCCGCAGCUGGAUUGGACAGACUUUACGAUUAUGAAGAUUCUGACUCAGGGAUGGGCAAGAUUAGAAGCCCACUCACAUUUAACAAGCAGAAGAAACUUGCUGGGUCAGGUUCAAAUCCUGGCAGUAGACAGACAGUGGAGUUAAAAAGGACAAUUAUGCUUCCCAAAUCAUUUUAUUCAUCUGCCUGCUUUAAAAGCAGAACAUUUAGAGUAUAUUUUCUAUAAAUAAAGGUGACCUGUUAUUAUGACAACAAAACAAUGUAUUUGUGUUCAACAUGUACAUGCCUGUACUAGGAU